AUGUCCAGAGUCUCGACACCGUCACUGCCCACGUUCCAUGCUUCCAAUGGGGGGUCCACAUCUUCGCGCCCUGGCUCUCCACGCCUGCAACCGCCAGCGGAGCACAAGAGGAGCGGAACCCCUUCGCCCAAGCAAUCGAUAACAGCCUCGUACUCGAUUCUGUCACGUCAGGAAACCGCGCAAAGACUACAGACGUCAGAAACCCACGGUCUAGCCUCGUCCGAUGCCUCGGCGCGCAUACAUGCUCACGGACGCAACGAGCUUCCCCACGAAGAGCCCGAGCCGCUAUGGCUUCGGUUCGUGAAGCAGUUCAAGGAGACUCUGAUCUUGUUGUUACUGGGGUCCGCCGCCGUGUCUUUGAUGCUGGGCAACCUCGAGGAUGCCAUCAGUAUCACAGCAGCAGUCACAAUCGUUGUCACCGUGGGCUUUGUACAGGAAUACCGGUCUGAGAAGUCUUUGGAGGCGCUGAACUCGUUGGUGCCGCACUCUGCACACAUCGUUCGGGCAGGCCAGGAGCACUCGCGCGCGACCGGUACGGCUACAGAAGAGAUCGAACUGGACCACCUGAAGGAUACGACAGCGGCGCUGGCGGCUGCCAAGCGAAAGUCGACCACCAUCUCCGCGACAUUGCUGGUACCGGGUGACUUGGUCCUCUUCCACACUGGCGACCGCAUACCGGCUGAUAUUCGAAUCACCCACGCUGCAGAUCUCUCCAUCGACGAGUCGAACCUGACGGGAGAGAACGAGCCAGUCGGCAAGACCCCAGAUACAAUCACCCCUCCGUCGGGGACACAACGCGCACCGUCGCCUUUCUACGCCUCCGAGGGUGCUGGAACGGUUGGCGCCGAUAUUCGUCUCAAUGACCAGAAGAACAUCGCGUUCAUGGGCACUUUGGUUCGAUCAGGCUAUGGCCAGGGCAUCGUCAUUGGCACAGGCGGCAACACCGAAUUCGGCGCCAUUUCGGCAUCCCUACAGGAGAUUGAGAGCCCACGAACACCUUUACAGUUGUCCAUGGAUCAGCUGGGAAAGGAUCUCAGUUACAUGUCGUUUGUCGUAAUCGCUUUCAUCGGCCUUGUAGGACUCUGGAGAGGCUGGAAAUUCCUGGAAGUCUUCCAAAUCGGCGUAUCACUCGCAGUCGCUGCGAUUCCAGAAGGGCUGCCAAUCAUCGUCACGGUCACGCUUGCCCUGGGUGUGUUGAGGAUGUCGAAACGCGAUGCGAUUGUACGACGCCUCCCUAGUGUCGAGACAUUGGCAUCAGUCAACGUCGUCUGCACUGACAAGACCGGCACGCUCACAACCAACCACAUGACGGUCACCAAGUUAUGGCACUUUGAUGAGUUGGCCCCGAUAGACGUCAAGAAGAAGCAUGAUACGGACAACCUCGAUUCUCCCACCCGGAACAUCCUGCGCAUCGGUAACAUUGUCAACAACGCGCGCCUGUUGAGCGACGAAGCCGCGUCUGCAUCAACGGCUGCAGUGCUGUCGUCAACCAUGGGCGACGACAAUUCGUUGGCAAGAAGUCGGUGGGUGGGCCAGCCUACAGACGUUGCACUUUUAGACCUCCUCGACGCCUUCUCAGAAGACGAUGUUAGGGAAAGACUCGGCACGCGCAAGUUCGAAACCCCAUUCAGCUCCGAGAGAAAGUGGAUGGGGGUCGUCAUCAGCGGCAAAUCUGGUGCAGAUCUGAAUUCAAGUUUGGACGUGUCGUACAUCAAGGGUGCAAUUGAAAGAGUACUUGAUCGAUGCGACGCCUAUGUCAACGCUCAAGGGAAAGAGGCAAACCUCGAUCAGUCACGAAGGCAAGAGGUCCUAAGAGCUGCAGACGCAAUGGCACAGGAAGGGUUGCGAGUACUGGGCUUUGCAAGCGGGCCUGCGCGUAAGAAGGCGAGCAGCGGCACAUUGACACCAGCGGCUUCUUCGGCCUCUGCCAUGGGUGACGACGAACACUACCGCGGCUUGGUUUUCGCUGGCCUGGUUGGCAUGAGCGAUCCGCCGCGAAAGGGCGUGGAGAAGGCUAUUCGACGUCUGAUGGCUGGCAAAGUCAAGGUGAUUAUGAUCACAGGUGACGCUGAAACCACAGCAGUGGCCAUCGGCAAGAGCCUAGGCAUGCCAAUUAACGCCAACUCGGCCCUCGGACGCUCUGUCAUCCGCGGUGAUGAAUUGGACCAGAUGAGUGAUGAGGAGCUUUCCCGAGCCAUUGCCACGACCUCCAUCUUUGCGCGCACAAGUCCAGAACACAAGAUGAAGAUCAUCCGUGCGCUUCAAGCACGGGGCGAUGUCGUUGCGAUGACCGGUGACGGCGUCAACGAUGCACCUGCUCUGAAGAAGGCUGAUAUCGGCAUCUCCAUGGGCAAGCUUGGUACAGAUGUCGCCAAGGAGGCGGCUGAUAUGAUCCUUACAGACGACAACUUCGCCACAAUUCUGAAUGCUAUGGAGGAAGGCAAGGGCAUCUUCUACAACAUCCAAAACUUCCUGACGUUCCAGCUGAGUACCAGUGCGGCGGCGUUGAGUCUGGUGUUGCUGAGUACCUUCCUCGGCUUUCAAAACCCACUCAACGCCAUGCAAAUUCUUUGGAUCAACAUUCUCAUGGACGGCCCUCCUGCGCAGUCGCUCGGCGUCGAGCCAGUCGACCCAGCCGUCAUGGCUCUACCGCCGCGACCUCGACAUGCGCGCGUACUCACCCGCAAACUCAUCCAACGCGUCCUGCAGUCCGCCUCUAUCAUUAUGCUCGGCACUCUGACCACGUACUACCGCGAAAUGAGUGUCGACAACGAAGUGACAGCUCGCGACACCACCAUGACAUUCACCUGCUUCGUGCUCUUCGACAUGUUCAAUGCCCUCACUUGCCGUUCGUCGACAAAGUCGGUACUUACUGGCGAGAUCGGUGUGUUUGACAACAAAAUGUUCAAUUACGCCGUGUCUGGGUCGUUGGUUGGACAGCUCCUUGUGAUCUACUUCCCGCCGCUGCAACACGUCUUCCAGACGGAAGCGCUGGGGUUGUUGGAUCUCGCACAUCUCAUCGCUGUCGCGAGCUGUGUUUUCUGGGCUGACGAGGGGAGGAAGGCAUACUUGAGGUAUCAGACAAGAAGAGGGUACGGCGGCGGAUACAGUACUGCUGUAUGA